AUGAGAAUUCUAGCGUACCGAUAUCAAAGAAGAGGAAAAGCCACACUACGGGUACCUAUUAAGAUAACAUUUUAGAGUCAACUUAUUCGAUUUUGAGAUUCUCCUGAAAUCAGAUGCGAAAGAAGUUCUACUAGAUACAGUGUCGGCCAGUGAAAUUGAAAGGAAUAAGUGGUACCGCAGAAGUAUCAUUUUUCCGCCGAUUCCCGAAGACGACACGACUAGUGUUGUUUUUGAGUGUGACGGAAUAAAAACAGCCGAAGACGUCAUCGCAGUCGAUGAGAUUGAUGUGGCAACUCCGGCGAACGUGAUGUGGUCGGGUCAGGACUCGAAGUUUUUCGACGAGGAAGACAUCAGACGCAGAGAGAUCAGGAGAAGUUCCAGUGAGUUGAAGAGCUCAUGGAGGCCCCUUGUACAAAGUGAACAAUUCAGAGCUAUCAAAGGUGUGCUCACCGCUGUCUUGUCAGUUCCGCUUGUCAGUUUGUUCUUGGCAUCAUACCAACAUUCAGCUCCUUCCCACGAAAGUUGUGAAUGAAGCAGCGGGAGAAUCAUCUCUCGUAUCGGCCCCAGUUCGCCUUCCGGACGGUCCCUCUCAACUUCAAAUCCAGAUGCUUGAUAGUGCUGGCUCCACCACUUCUGUCCUAUUUAGACACAUUGGCUCCAUGACCGAGAAUGAGCUUUGGAAGAAGGAUCCUCUGACGGCAACACCAUCUUCUUCUAAUGGCUGGAACCGAGUUCAGAUUCCAUUGGAUGCCGUCUCGGCAGGAAUUCCAAUCAUAUUGAUAAUUAGAUCCUCAACAGGACCCAACAAUUUUGUAGCUUUUUCGUCCAUAGAUCUGGUGGAUGAGAAAGGAAAGACGAUUUCUUGUGGUGGGAUUGACUGAAAUUCAUUCAUUAAAUUAUAUUUGCAGAUCAAAUGGCUUCUCCGGUACAACCCCACUCGACAAAUCUCGUUCGUUUAACCGCCCUCCAAAAUCUGAAAAUCUCCCCAGUAAAGAAUCGAUCCAAAAAAUCCUCGAAUGUCGUUUCGAUUCCAGAUUGAAUCCCUACUCUACCAACCGCCCAUCUCAACGUCCACUCCGUCGUUUUCUAUAAUUCCGACGCCUCCUCCGGUGUCCUUCAAUUUUGACGAGAGACCCAAGAUUGUUCAGUCACCCGUCGCUGUCCUUCCGAUCGCUCCCGCCCAUGUUUCUGCUCGAGGAAUCCCCAUUGUUCCAAUCACUUCGUUCUCGAGCCCUCUGGUUCCGUUACACAUUCCAAAGUUUCCAUUUCAAUUCUGA